UUCCCUUACCUGUAUCCCGGCGGAGGGUUACAUACAGGGUGCUGCGGUCCCGGUACCGGCUCGACCGACGUCGGCUGCAGGGGAGAUUGAAAGAGUUGUGUCGACGCUGAGCAGUUUUCAGAUCAUUUGGGCAGCACUUCUACAGCAGACGGCAGUUUGCCAUGGCGAAGUCUCUGGAUGGAGGGAACAAGGUGUGGGCCCCGCACUCGCACGAGGGGUUCGUCCUGGGCACCAUCGUGGACAUGGGCUCGGACACUCUCACCAUAGAGCCCUUCACCAAGGAGAGGAAUGCUAAGGGUCUGGAGGGGAAUAUUGACGCAGCGCCAAUCACAGCGCCUUUCAGUGAUGUGUACCCUGCCGAAGAGGAUACUGGGAAGGACGUGGACGACAACUGUUCUCUCAUGUUCCUGAAUGAGGCAACACUCCUGCACAACAUCCGCCUGCGCUACAAGAGAGAGGAGAUAUAUACGUACGUGGCCAACAUCCUGAUUGCUGUCAACCCUUACCAUGACAUCCCCAAGCUGUAUUCCCCAGAAACCAUCAAAAGCUACCAGGGGAAGUCUCUGGGAACGAUGCCUCCUCACGUGUUCGCUAUCGCUGACAAGACAUACCGUGACAUGAAGGUGAACAAGGAGAGCCAGUCCAUCAUCGUGAGUGGGGAGUCUGGAGCCGGGAAAACAGAGACAACCAAGUACAUCCUCAGAUAUCUGACUGAGUCGCAUGGAUCAGGGAUGAUCAUUGAUCAGCGAAUUGUAGAAGCAAACCCCCUCCUGGAGGCCUUUGGUAAUGCCAAGACAGUCCGUAACAACAACAGCUCACGUUUCGGCAAGUUUGUGGAGAUCCAUUUCGACCACAAGCGAACUUUGCACAAGGUUGUCGGCGGCUACGUGUCACAUUACCUCCUGGAAAAGUCGCGAAUCUGCAGCCAGAGCCGACAGGAGCGGAACUACCACAUCUUCUACCGCAUGUGCGCCGGCGCCCCCGAGGACGUCAGGGCGAAACUGCACCUGGGCUCGCCAGACGAGUACCACUAUCUACGGAACGGGUGCACCCAGUACUUCACCAACAAGGACACCAUCAACCUCAUCAACCAGGCCCGCAAGAGCAAACAGUUCCUGAAGGAUGGCAGCCUGCAUGACCCCAUCCUGGAUGAUGUGAAGGACUACAAACGUAUGGAGGAUGCCAUGAAGUGUGUCGGCAUCGAGGAGGCUGAGAAAAUGAACCUCUUCCGCAUCGCAGCUGCCGUGCUGCAUCUGGGCAACGUCACCUUCGAGGAGGACCACAACAACACCUCAGGUGGCUGCAUCGUGCCGCAGUCCUCAGACAAAGCCCUGGCUGUGACAGCAGAGCUGAUGGGUCUGGGGAAGGAGGAGCUACAGGAGGCCCUGACCACACGUGUCAUGCAGACGGCUCGGGCCGGGCCUGGGGGAACUGUCAUCAAAGUUCCCCUGAAGUUUGACCAAGCCUCCAAUGCCCGUGAUGCCUUGGCUAAGUCAGUCUACUCCAAGCUGUUUGACCGCGUGGUUGCCCGAGUGAACCAGUGUUUCCCCUUCCAAACCUCAGAACACUUCAUCGGAGUUCUGGACAUUGCUGGCUUUGAGUACUUUGAGAUGAACAGCUUUGAGCAGUUUUGCAUCAACUACUGUAACGAGAAACUGCAGCAGUUCUUCAACGAGCGAAUCCUUAAAGAGGAACAAGAGUUGUACCAGAAGGAAGGCCUGGGGGUGGCAGAGGUGUCGUAUGUGGACAACCAGGAUGCCAUCGACCUGGUUGAGAUGAAGGGGUCUGGUAUCCUGGACAUCCUGGAUGAAGAGAGCCGGUUGCCCCGGCCUGACAGCGUCCACUUCACCACAGAGGUUCACAACCGCCACAAGAACCACUUCCGUCUCACGAUCCCACGGAAGUCCAAGCUGGCCUAUCACAAGAAGCUGCGUGAUGAUGAAGGCUUCCUCAUCAGGCAUUUUGCAGGUGCUGUGUGCUACACUACAAAACUCUUCAUUGAGAAAAACAACGAUGCUCUGCACGACUCGCUGGAGUUCCUUAUACAGGAGAGUAAGGACCCGUUCAUCAGGGACCUGUUCGGGGAAAAGAAGAAGAAGUCAGCAGGAAAGCUGGGAUUCAUCAGCGUAGGAAACAAAUUCAAGACCCAGUUGGAACAGCUGCUGGAUAAACUCAGAAAUACGGGUUCUGCAUUUGUCCGUUGCAUCAAGCCCAACCUGAAGAUGACCAGCGGAAUGUUUGAGGGAGCUCAGAUCCUUUCCCAGCUGCAGUGUGCAGGCAUGGUGUCUGUGCUGGACCUUAUGCAGGGUGGGUUCCCCUCCCGUGCCCAGUUCCAGGACCUGUACAACAUGUACAAGAAAUACCUGCCAUCAGACCUGGCCAGGCUAGACCCCAGACUCUUCUGUAAGGCCCUGUUCAAAGCUUUGGGUCUGAACGAACAUGACUUCAAGUUUGGUCUGACCAAGGUCUUCUUUAGGCCAGGAAAGUUUGCAGAGUUUGACCAGAUCAUGAAGUCAGACCCCGAGCACUUGGCAGCGCUGGUUGCUAAAGUGCGCAAGUGGCUGCUGCAGUCCCGCUGGAAGAAGGCCCAGUGGUGUACCCUGUCCGUCAUCAAACUGAAGAACAAGAUCCUGUUCCGCCGAGCUGCCCUCAUCAAGAUCCAGUCUGGCUUCAGGAUGAUGAUCGCAAUGAAGAAACACAAACCAAGAAUCGCUGGUAUGAAGAAGGUGACAACACUCAAAAAGCUGAUUGGCCAGAUGCACCAGCUGGUUUCUGCUCUUAAGGAGGACAAGCAGUCAUCAGGCAAACAGGUGACAGAGAUGGAGCAGGGCAUCGAAGGACUUGUCAAGAAGAUCAAGACCACCAUCAUGACCCGUGAGCAGAUUGACAAGGAGUACAACACCCUGUACAACCAGGCCACCCAGCUCAUGAAGGGCCUGGACUCCAAGAAGAAGAAACAGGAGGAGGAGGAGCGGAUGCGGAAGAUCCAGGAGGAGAUGGAGCUGGAACGGAAACGUCGCGAGGAGGAAGAACAAAAGCGCAAACAGGAGGAGGAGGAAAAGAGACUACGACUGGAGAUGGAGUCUCAGCGGAAGAAGGAAGAGGAAGAGCAGAAGAGGCGGGAGGAGGAGGAGAGGCGACUACAGAAGGAGAUCGAGGAACAGCUUGCUAAGGAGGCUGAGGAAGAAGCAAAGAACCAGGCUAUCCUGGAGCAGGAGCGUCGGGACCGUGAGCUGGCCAUGCGUCUGGCCGAGGACGAGGGCCAGGAGAUCGUGGAAGAGCCACAGGAGGCGCCACAGCUCAAGAGCCCGCCCACGCCUGCACCCCGUGCCGUUCAGGCCGCUGCAGAAGCGUUCCAGGACGCUGUCCAACCUGCUCAGGACGACGAGAAUCUUCUUGCCAACGGCAGACCUCAGUCACUGGCUCUGCAGACUAACCAAUCACAAUCCGUCAAGAGCGUUGCCACCAAGCAGGGCUCUAAGAAGUAUGAACUGAGCAAGUGGAAGUAUGCUGAGCUGCGAGAUGCCAUCAACACAUCAUGUGAUGUUGAACUCCUGGAGGCUUGUCGUGAGGAGUUCCACCGCCGUCUGAAGGUGUACCACGCCUGGAAGACCAAGAACAAGAAGCGCACCGCAGGCCAGGAGGACGAGCGCGCUCCAGACUCCGUCAUGCAAGAUGAGGAUGUAGAUUUGUAUGUUAGAACCAAUCCAUAUCGCGACCGCCAGCGCACCAUGUCUAUGAACCAGAUGGCCCAGGCCCCGCCCCUGCCGCCACGGCAACAGUCGCUGCCCAAUCGUCAACAGCGUUACUUCCGCAUCCCGUUCAUACGCCCGGCGGAUCAGUACAAGGACAACCAGAACAGAAAGAAGGGGUACUGGUACGCGCACUUUGACGGACAGUGGAUCGCACGUCAGAUGGAGUUGCACCCAGACAAAGUUCCCGUCAUUCUCGUUGCUGGGAAAGACGACAUGCAGAUGUGUGAGCUGAGCCUGGACGAGACCGGCCUGACGCGCAAACGCGGAGCUGAGAUCAUCGCCAGGGAGUUCGAGGAACAGUGGAACAGGACCGGUGGUCGGGAAUAUCUCAUGCAAGCCAUCCAAUCCAAACAAGCACGUCCAACCUACGCUACAGCCAUGCUCCAGCAGCAAUACAAGAAGUAAAGAGCACUGUUACAGGGAACAGGGACCAAUAAGAGUAGAACUACAACAAGUAGAGAUGGAGUAAUUUAUCAGAGCUUAAUGUACUUUUACAAAAAUUUCCUUGGAAAAUGUGAUAAGAAUAUCAUGUGUAUUGUGAAUGUGUUUGGUGAUAUGUUAGAAGCUUUAUGAAGAAAUAUGUAUGUGAUCAAAUGGAACAAGUGGUAAUUUUAAGUGUAGCCAUUUUGUAUGUACACAUACAUGUAGUAUUACCAGAGAAUUCCUGUGGUGAUGGCAGAUAUGUCAACUUUCUUUACCUAUUAUUGACCAUUAAUGCCAGUGUAGGUCUAUGGUUUGCAUGUAACUUGAGAACAUGUAACUUUUGAAAUCCUAAUGAUAACACAAGGAAUGUUCAAGCAUGAUGUCCUUUGAAGAGGAGUGUUUCCCCCAGAAAGGAGGAAUGUUGGCUUAAAUUAUUAUUCAGCUCUGGUGUUGAAGCUGAAAGUUACAUGAGAGGAGUACAAGUAACUAGUAAGAAGUGUGAUGUUUUGACUGAAAUAGAGAAACACUUGAGAGUAGUUUCUGCACGUGGAAAACUUAGAAACAUGCGUGUCUUUAUGGGGUGCUCUUUCUCCCAACAAGGGAGGCCAUGCACAGUUUUUAUCACCAGCUUUGCCUGAAGCAAGAUGUGAGGCUUUAUAUGCACAUGUGAUGCUUUGAUGUGAUAAUUCUUGUAUAAUUGCUGCAAUUCUCCAUUCUCUUCUGAGGUUUGUUAAAUGGAUAUCUGAACUCUCUAUGUAAAAUGGACAUGAAAAUAGAAGUGCAAUUAACAGAAAAAGAUCUGAACUUAGAAAAAAGUAAAACCGUUGUUGUAUGAUGUAUAGACCUUUUUUGUAGCCCAUUGGUAAUUAGCUGUGACUUUUUAAUCUUCAUAUUACCAAACGCACUCCAUACCUUUUUAAUAUUCUCAGUGUAACUCGUCUGUAGUCUUGGAAAAUGGCAGAUCUCUAGUAAUCUGACAUGUUUAUGGAGAAGCCAUAGCCGCCUCUGCAGUUCAAGUGUGAACAAAUAUAACUACUGGUAGCUGCACAAGAACGUGCCUUUCUCUCUAUGUUUGGCCUGUCAACAUGAUACAAAAAAGAAGCUAUUUGUAGAUCGUAACAUUUUACUACUAUGUACAUGUAUUUUACAGCCUGAUUUAGUGGUAGUAGUGGGGAGAACGUGCCUUUCUCAAAAACAUAUCAAAGCCUGAGUGUUGUGAAUGUUACAUAGUUCAUAGCAUCAAGGAGGUUAAAGAGAGACCUCCUUUGUAGCAUGUAGUUUAUGCUGUCAACCAGGCAGCAUAAAACAUAGCACCUUAUUUGUGACACUAACCAAAAGUAUUCAACCCAGCAUCCGAGAUGCCUGGAUGGCUGAGAAAUUAUUUUAAAGAUCUUAAUAAUUGCUGAAGCAGGUCUUCAAUGAACAUCAUGGUGAUGGUAUAAUCUACAGACCCCACAAAAUGAAUUUGGUUGAAGCUCUUGAAUAGUCAAACAUGUGGAUUUAGUAGUAAAGCUUCCUAUGUCUUUAUGGGGUGUGACAUUUACAGGAUAUAACGUUAUAGGUCUUCUGUGUGAAUAUACUAUAAGGAAUGUAGAUUCCCUGCUGAUUUUAUGUAGAUGACCCUACAAUUGUCUACUGUAGCAUGAAUCUGUCCAAUCCAGUAGAAUUCCUCAAUAACACAAUUACACAGAUUGUCAGCAGUGCACUCAACUACGUAAUUGAUGUGUAGGCUCUAUGCAAUAGAUGUAGACAAUCGUAAUGCACUCUGUGGGCCCUACCAUCUAUUAUUAAUGGAAGGGGACCCGCUAAAACAGGGUUUGGAGCCCCGAAUGACUUUUCUAUUUUAUGGAUGUAAUGUAGGAAAAUUUAACGUGCAAAGACUAAUAUAAGACCAAUCAAGAUCGGUUUGAAAAUCAAAUGUGGGUCGUUUCCAAUGAGUAAUAGGCGUUAAGUUGGAUGUCGUAUUUUUUUCUAGAGCAGUCAGAGACUAGUGAACUAUGUGGGGAGGCUACUAAUAUGUAAAGGCAUUGUGUGCGGCAGAAAAGCGCUGUGUGUAUCACACUUGUAGCACUAUUACAGUAACUGUUAGAAUGGUCAGAAGUGAUCUUGGAUUCUACUAGUGUAGUAGUGGUGGAUUAAGCAAAUCGUAAUAAAUCAUUAUUAUGGGG